AUGCAUGAAAUUCAUGAUGAAAUUAGAGUAAGAUUGAUUGGCAGUAACCCAGGGGAGGGGGAGACAUUUAGAAUGGUUAGCUUCAAGAAAACGGAUUCAGAUAAGAAUGAUAUGUCUGAUUGUUGCAAUAAGUUUGUUGUCCAAGAAUCUGUUACAAUCAAGAAAUGGGAUCCUAAAAAGCUAAAACUUAGAGUUACUCUUUCAUUAGAGAAGCAAGUUCAGAAUGGAGAAGAUAUGGGGGUAACUAAAGGUGAUCAUCCAAUUCAAACAUCCAAUCCCGAAAAAUCCUUACUUGAACCCACAAUUUUGUUCUCUCCAAGGCCUGGUGGUGAGCUGAAUGCAGGUGCAGUCAAAGUGCAGAAAGUCUAUAAGAGUUACCGAACUAGAAGAAACUUAGCAGAUUGUGCUGUUGUUGUUGAGGAGUUAUGGUGGAAGGCAUUGGAUUUUGCAGCUCUCAAUCGCAGUUCUGUAUCAUUCUUUACCAAUGAGAAAGCAGAGAGUGCUGUUUCGCGGUGGACACGAGCUAGGACUAGGGCAGCUAAGGUUGGAAAGGGAUUGUCCAAGGAUGAAAAGGCUCAAAAACUAGCUCUUAGACAUUGGCUUGAAGCUAUUGAUCCACGCCACCGGUAUGGACACAAUCUACACUUGUAUUACAAUGUCUGGUUCGAUAGUCUGAGCUCACAACCUUUCUUUUACUGGUUGGAUGUUGGAGAUGGUAAAGAGGCGACUCUUGAAAAGUGCCCCAGGACUAAAUUACAGAAUCAAUGCAUCAAAUAUCUUGGACCCAAAGAGAGGGAAGCAUAUGAAGUGAUUGUAGAGAGUGGGAGACUUGUCUACAGACAAAGUAGGGUGUCUGUGGAAACUGUUGAGGGUUCCAAGUGGAUAUUUGUCCUCAGCACAUCUAGGAAUUUGUAUGUUGGGCAGAAAAUGAAAGGCAGGUUUCAACACUCGAGUUUUCUAGCUGGUGGUGCCACCACUGCAGCUGGACGGCUGGUGGCCCAUGGUGGCAUUAUUGAGGCUAUAUGGCCAUACAGUGGUCAUUACCACCCAACAGAAGAGAAUUUUAUGGAGUUCAUUAGCUUCCUUGAGCAGCACCAUGUCGACUUGACCAAUGUCAAGAGAUGUGCAGUAGAUGACGAUGACUUCCCGAGAAUUACCAAUGAUGAGGAGCUUAAAUCAAAGUCAAUUAGGGACAUCCCUUCAGACAGUAUCCCAGUUGUUGAUGGUGAAUCAGCUGUGGCAAAUAGGCACACCAUGACCACCACCAUUAAAGACAGUUAUGAUCAAGGCAAUUUUGACACCUCUGGAGACAAUCUUAAAGCACCAGCUUUGGCGUUAUGCAGACGACUAUCAUCCAAAUGGACCACAGGAGCUGGUCCUCGUAUAGGUUGUGUGAGGGAAUACCCUGCAGAGCUACAAUUUCAAGCACUUGAACAGGUCAAUUUAUCACCAAGAGUCAUGCCAGGACCCUUUGGAAGCUGCUGUCCAAUCCCAUCACCAAGACCAAGUCCUAGGAUACAUCUUUCACCUAGAGUUUCUAACAUGGGACUCCCUAGUCCAAGGUUCCUUGUGACCAAUACUAAUUGA